ACGACGACCGCCACACCCCCCUCAUUCGCUCUUUUUACAAACCUCCCACGAGAGCUUCGUGAGCAAAUAUGGCGAGAAACUCUACCCACGGAUUCCGGAUCAACUCUAUUUCCUUACAGAAAAGGUUGUUGGACAGUACGUGACCCCGCCAAAGGCGAGACAGGGUUCGAACCAGGAUUCCCAGACCAUUUAGAGCUGCUCUUUCUAUAUGAAUCCCUAGACAAACUUCACUUCGACAUACCGAUCUUCUUUGUCAACUCUGAAGCUCGCGACAUCGCCACAACUUGGCUUCGCGAGAAAGGCCUCGAAGUUAAAGUCUAUCCAGGACCGGUGCCCCGGCAUCAACAACCAUGGUGCACCUUUGCGCGAACCUUCAGACCACAUCGCGAUAUAUUAUACGUGCCAGACGGCAAAUCCGCCGACUUCUAUAGUGAACCUAUCGACUGUAUCACUCAGCCCAAGUACGAUGGCUAUAACUAUAACACUACAUGCGAAGUUAGCAGGCUUGCUAUCUCGGAGACAUUAUUCACAGAGGGCAUUUUUCUUGAAGAACUAUUGCAGUUCUGGAACUAUCGGGUCAAAGAGCUAUUCAUCAUUGUUGGUCCGCAGCCAGAGGAAGCAUGGACAGAUAGUGAGGAUAGCAUGCUAGCACGGUGGGAACUCGAAAGCUGGAACGGUGGAUCCUAUCGAUGG